AUGGCCGCAGCCGCCACCAAGCGGGCCCGCGCGGACGGCGGCUCGAUCUGCCGCGACCGGCUGAGCACCCUGCCGGACGACCUCCUCCGCCACGUCCUCUCCUUCCUCCCGGCCCAGCAGGCCGUGCAGACCACCGUGCUGUCCAAGAGGUGGGCGGAUCUAUGGCGCUCGGUGCCCGGCAUCAACCUCGACCUCAUGCAUUUCCGCAGGUCGCCCUACGAGCCGUGGACGGAGACCUCGGUCAGGAUGGAGCGUUUCGUCAGCAAGCUGCUGGUGCUGCACGACGCCCCGUGCUUGGAUGCCUUCCGGCUGGCUGCAUCUUCUGCUGGCCACGAUUCGCGUCGACACAUCGAUGCAUGGGUUCGCCGUGCCAUCAGGGGCAACCCCUUUGUGCUGGAGGUAAGGAACAUGUCCUCCGACGGCCAUGAUUUGUAUCAGUUGCCCCAUCUGGGCUCCAGUAACCGUUGGCGUCGGCUCAAAAGGUUGAAGCUUAUUGGUGUCUCCUUGGACCAUUCUUUCGCGAAGCUGCUCCAUUAUUGGUGGCCGCACCUGGAAGACUUGGUUCUCGUUCAAUGUCAGAUUGGGUUCUGUAGCAUUGAAUCCGACAGGCUGAAUAACUUGGCCAUCCAGUAUUGUACAAACCCACCUGCAGAUGUAUUUGUUAUCAGGGCUUCUGGUCUCGCUGCCCUGAGCCUGGCUCUUCACAACAACAGCUAUAGAAAUGGUGUUUCAUUACAUGUAGGGAAUUCCCUUGUGAGGGCAUCAGUUACUUUGAAACGUGAUGAGUUCUCUCCAAGAAAUGAAGCCAUGAUUCUUGGCAGCCUAUUCAAUGUUGCAAGUUUGGCGAUGAAAGAUUUCCAAGCAAUGGCAAUUCUGGAUACGGAAUUAUUUGAUAAACUCCCAACAUUUAACAAUCUGAGAACCUUGACUCUCAACCCAUUCUCUCUAAACUCUACCGUUUGUGAUGUCCACAAUUUCAAGGCUCUUGGAAGAUUCCUACAGAAGACUCCUAAUAUGGAGAUGCUUACUUUGGAAAACUUCUGGGUUUCAGAUAGUUCCACUGGAGGGGAAGGCAAUGCCAAGUCAAAGGAGGAGUCUCAAAACAUGGUGCCUUUGCACUGUCCGAAGCUGGAGUCUACUGAACUCAGAUACCAUGGACAUGAUGCCAACAUUCCGAUACUGCGCAGGCUUCUGCUGGGAAUCUCUGCACCAAAGAAUUCAAUGAAGUUCACCAAUAUGAAAUAUCGGUUCGUGAUGUGUCGAGUUUGCUAG